AUGGAGAAUCCUAUUGUAAAAGAAUUUCAGAAUAAGAAAAGCGAUAAACUUAAUUCCAGAUAUGAAUACGGUCGAAAGCCGAUUACCGAUGAUGAAGAGGACGGUCAAAGCGUUCUGAUUGGUCCUGAUGAUAUCACCACCUCACAACACGAAGCAUUAGGUUCACACGGUUCACAUCCAGGUAAGAAACUAUAUGAACAGGCUACUAUGAACACAAGGUUUGUCAAACCAUCGAUAAACUCUGUGGUAAUAAGAAUUUCACUUCUGAAGUCUACUUUUGGUAAUAAGAAUUUCAUUCAUGAAGACAAACUUAAUGAUUAUCAGCAACCUGACUACUUUUUCCCAUCAGAUCUUGAUAGCAUAACUUCUUCACAACAAGAAGUUGAUUAUGACAUAGGAGAGAGUUCAGAAGGAAUAAAGUUUUUUAUCCCGAAGGUCGAUGACGCGCUUAAGCCAAAUAUGAAAGCACAAUAUGCGACUAUAAAUGAAGUCGAAAGGAUGUACAGGGCUUAUGCGGACAACGCUGGCUUUGAUGUUCGCAUGCAUGUAAAAAAGACGAACAAGAACGGCRAAAUUCAAACCAGGUGGUUUGUAUGCAGCAGGGAGGGAAACCCAAAAAAGAAGGAUUUUGAUUCGWUGYACAUGCAGCCGGGUGAGAGGAGAUAUCGUAAUACAAACAUCAAACGUUGUGGUUGUAAUGCUUGUAUAAAAAUCCAUUUGACAAAGGAUAGGUCUUGUUACGAGAUAUAUGAGUUCGUUGAGUCACAUAACCAUGAAUUGUUCAAUCAUAACGAUCGUCGUUUCUCUCGGAAGAAUAGACAGAUGAAAUAUACAGAUUUCAAAACAGUACUAAAUAGCUCAAGCUACAAAGUCGGCGCGAGGAGGGCCCACCGUAUUCAGACCGCAUUGAACRGUGGAUUUGAGCAUACUCGCAUCUCUGAAAUUGACUUCAAGAAUUUCAAGAGGGAUGCUGUUGCUUGURUUGCGAAUAAGGACGCGACGAUGCAUGCAAUGAUUUUUGUWCCUUUCAUGGCUGUUGACAACCAUAAGGCGUCUGUUGUUGUUGGAUCCGCUCUUAUAAGUGGAGAGACGAUUGAUAACUUUAMAUGGGUUCUAGAGGCCUUUCUAAAGUGUCAUGCGAAGCAACCAGUGUUCGUAAUUACAGACCAAUGUUCUGCAAUGAAGCAGGCUAUUCCGAAGGUGUUCACGGAAUCCAAGCAUCGACUAUGUAUGUGGAACAUUAUGAAGAAGGUCCCUUCAAAGGUUAGUGUCGCCCUAAAUCAUGAUCCUAUGUUCAAUAAAGUCAUCAACAAGCUCGUAUGGAACAUUCAUAUUGGCCCAUCGGAGUUCGAGAGCCGUUGGAAUGAGAUGAUAGAUAAAUACAAUCUAGCGGGGGAUACUUGGUUUACAGAGAUGUAUGAAAUCCGACACUCGUGGAUUCCUGCAUAUUAUAAGGACACGUCGAUGUCUGGUCUAAUGAAAACAACCUCAAGAUCCGAGAGUUCGAAUUCGUAUAUCAACAUAUACGAAUCGUACUGGUUUGAUUUGGUGCAAUUCCUUAAUAAUUACGACGUAGCUAUAGAGAAACAAAGAUACAGACAAUUUGUUCACGAGACAGUGACGAGAACGACUAAUCUCAAGUUUCUUACUCCAUUGCGUUUAGAAAGUCAUGCAUCAAGCAUAUACAGCCGGAACGUGUUUUUUGACAUCCAAAAGGAAAUAAAGAAGGCUGUUUGGUUUUGUGCUAUUGCGACCGUCGAAUGCCGUGAUGAUUUCAAGUCGUUCUUGAUAAGCCACAAGGCCAAGAAAUCAGCUGACAACAUCAAGUAUCUGGUGGGCCGUAACUACUCAACAAACACAGUUGAAUGCGAUUGUAACCUAUUUACACGUAAUGGGUAUCUAUGUCAUCACGCGUUCAAGGUCAACGCCGAGAAAGAAAAGUCUAUAAUUGAUUUGUAUUCCAAGAUGGACGACAUAAUAAGCAUCUCACGCAAUGACCAAUCUAUAUUAGAUAGAUUGGGGYGUAACCUCGACAAAUUCAUGGUUGAUAUAGAGAAGGAAGUUCCAUACGAAGACCCAUCCCAACAAAAGUUGGAUGCGAUAAGAGAUCAUCUAGGUGUUUCCAUACCUGAUGAGGCGGACAUCCUACCACCAUCUGGAAUAAGGAACAAAGGUUGUGGAACUGGCAAGAGGCUGGUAAGUGUAUCUGAGAAAUUGCAAAAUAAUUGCAAAAAGACCAAACGAAAAUGUGCAACGUGUGGACAACGUAGUGGUCAUGACUCACGUAAUUGCCCAGAAUUGAUAUAUUAG